AUGCCUAUAGAAGAUGAUGAUACUGAGGAAUUUAUAAAUGGCGUUCUUUAUCAAAAGAUCUAUUCGUCUGAUUUAGCCUGCAUUCCUUCUAUUUAUUAUGAAUAUAUUAAAAACUAUGGGUGGAAGUUGAAAGAUAUGAUAGAUCUUCAUCGAUUUUUAAAAGAAUCAGAAGGAAAAGAAAAAAUCACUGAAAAAACAAAAUGCCCUAUUUGCCUUUCAAACUUUGGCUUUGGUUGGGAUACUCCUAUGAAAUUAUCAUGUUCUGAAGCAAAUCACGCAGUUUGUCUAAAAUGUUUCAGUAGCGCUGGAAGCAACUUUAGAUGCCCAUUGGAUAAUAAGGAAUGUGAAAUGUCAAACCCAACACCCUUGGAAGUAGAUGAUUUAUUUUCUUAUCCAUGAUGCAGAGGCUGCAAUGAGAUUAUGGGGAAAAAUCAAAAUAUCCCUGUAAAAUCAAAAUGCAUUCAUCCUAUGUGUAAAGAAUGCUCAUUUUGCAAAAUUUGUAAAGACUAUGUUAUUGAAGACAAAAAUGUUAUUGAUAAAAAUCUAAGCAAAAAGUUGGAAUUUAUGGAAACAUAUUGUUUAGAACAUGGAGAGCCAGCAAUAAAGUUUAAAAAGGUUCUUUGAGAAAUCCCAUUGCAUGACAUUGAAAUAAGAACAUUUCCUAAAGUUUGCUGCAGUUAUUGUAAAGGAGGCACAUUUAUUUUGAGAAAUAAAGAUUAUUUCAAGAUGUUUGACUCGUCAGUUCAAUAUACUUUUUAUUGUUUAGUUGAAAAUCUAUCCAGAUUAGAUAUAAGGUAUCAAGAAAUUGCUGAGGAAUGGAAGAGCAAUUUUCUAAUAUUUACUUAUAAUCAACGCCUUGAAAAAAUCCAAGAAAUCGCACAGAUAUUAGAAGGUUAA